UAGGCUCAUGACGACAUAAAGAUGCAGAGCCUCUCGUUUUUAGGUUUUGCAGCUUUCUGUCUAGUUGUCAGUGAUGCAGCGGAUCCCAGUAUUCCAGGUCAAUGGAAGGACAAGAAAUAUAGACAACAGAUUGAAAUUCCCAACCGAGCGGAUGUUUAUAUGAAGACUGAUCUGACGAUUGGAAAUCUCAGAAAUUUGAGAAUCAACUAUCAAACCAAUAACAGCAUGAAUGCAGGGGCUUUCAGAUUACAGUUCACAGAUCCACCAAAAUAUGGUUUCAUUAAGUGUACGGGAGUAGACGGAGACGAUUUAAUUUUAGACCUUCCUGUUGAUUUGCCCGCUAAAGAUGAUGAUGGUUUUAGGAUCUUCAAAGUAGAAACGCACGGAACAAUGGGUUUGAAGAUCAGUUGUAACGAUGAGUUACUGAUCACUUUCGAACCUUCCAACGAAGUGUGCACAGGAGUUUCGUCUUGGAGAGAUGCGUGGGAAAUAAACAAAGAGUGGAUGAACUUUAACUUGGACAACGGAGUAAGACAGUACGCAUUCUCAACUACGAAAUCCGAAGGAAACACUGCCAGUUUGCGAUCUAGAUCUGCUUAUCAAUACCUAGCUGCAAUCUUCGUCUGCUACAUGAUGCUCUUCUAGUUAUGGACAAACCGCACAAAAAGUUCUGAUUACAGCAUAGACUUUUAAAUUUCCAUUUUGCAUACUAGUUAGGGACAGUACAGAGUGUCCAAUUAGAAGUUGUCCAUGUUCGCGAGCUUGAUCUUGCAUGUGGUACUACUCUGAUCUCAGCGGUGGUCACAUCUUAUUAGCUAUGGACGAUUGAGUUACACUUUGACUUUUCGUUAAAUAUUUCUGUUUAAAUGUUUCAAUGUUCAAAUUGUCGAUGUAGAUUGCAGGCUCCUGUACCCACGUCUGUCAGUUACAUUAGAACCACUAUUUGUAUAAAUCAUAAAGAAUCCUCACACCUUAGAACCACUAUCACCUUAGAACCACUAUCUGCAUUAAUAUAAUCAUAAUGUACGGGGCCUUUACCUUCCUGAUUUUAUGAUCCGGGUGUUUUAUUUUCGGAAUUUUAUGAUUCCUGACUUUAUGAUCCUUAUUUUAUUAUCCGUUCUGAUUCCAAUAUUUUCCAAAAGUCCAAAUGACUAACAUUUAAUAUGGUCGUU